CACGCAGACACACGCCGUCGCUAGUGCACGAAGGAAUCAAAUGAUGAUAUCCCAUACCCUUAAACAAUCUAUAGGAAGAGCCGGAAAAGGCACGUUGCCGCAUACUGUGCGGGGACGAGCGGUGCUUAGAAUUGGGUUUCUGAUCUAUCUCCUGUUCGCGUGUGCUGGCUGCGCUGGUGGUGGUGGUGGUGGUGUCUGGGGCGGUUGUUGAUUUGAGAGAUGGUGUGGCUGACUGUGACGAUGAAUAGGCUCUAUGAAUCUGGGAUUGGGAGAGUGAGGAAUGGGACGGGGAU